AUGAAGCAAAAUCCACAGAACGGGAAUCUUAAGAAACAAGUCCAAGAGAGGCAGUCGAGAAUAGCAGCUCUUAAUGAAAAACAAGCUUUGGGAACCAUUCCUUCAGUGCCGAUUAAAGUUCCUCAGGUCAGUUCCUUACAGAGGUUGGCAGGACAAAGGCCAGCAGUGCUACCUCAGGUUAGGCCAAAGACUCUGAUUCCAGACAGCCUCCCAAUUUCUCCAUGCAGAGAUCAACCUUCCAAGCAACCUCCGACGUUUCAGAAGGCAACGGUGGUCAGCAUCAAAAACCCAACGCCUGCCCUCCCCACUGCCAAUAAUACUGUUAGCCAUGUACAGACGUCCAGCAGCCAGUCACAAAGUGUCUCAGAGACGGCAGCCAUCUCCUCGUCCCUGAGUAGUGCUGGGGUAGCGUAUGCCAUUAUCUCAACAUCUCCCAAUAAUGCAAUGCCCAUCAAUACCAGCGCUGCUGUCUCGGUGGUUAAUGACAGCAUUAAAGUGCAACCACUUCUCAUCAGUGCUGACAGCAAGGUCAUCAUCAUUCAGCCUAAAGUUCAAACUCAGACAGAAAAUAAAGUGGAGAUAAAGAAACCUGCUGAAGAGUCAACUCAGGGACCUGCUACCAAAAAGAAAAAAGAUGAGAAUCCAGAGAAAAUUGCCUUUAUGGUAGCGCUAGGCCUGGUUACGACUGAAUACUUGGAAGAAAUCCAGAGCAAACGUCAGGAGAGGAAAAGAAGAAGUACCGCCAACCCAGCUUACAGUGGACUCUUGGAAACAGAGCGGAAACGCCUUGCAUCAAAUUAUUUGAACAAUCCCUUUUUCCUCUCCACAAGAGCCAAUGAGGAUCCAUGUUGGAAGAAUGAGGUCAGCCAUGAGGAAUACUGUUCAGCAUGCAAGCACGGUGCCAACUUACAACCUUGCGGAACAUGCUCCAGGGCCUAUCACCUCAACUGCUUGGAUCCUCCCUUGAAGACUGUCCCUAAAGGAGUAUGGGUCUGUCCCAAGUGCCAAGAAAAGGUGUUAAAGAAAGAUGACAGUGUCCCCUGGUCUGGAACUCUGGCUGUAGUGCAAUCUUACGUUACUCAUAAAACAGUCAAAGAAGAAGAGAAGAGGAGGUUAUUAAAGAGGAGCAAUGAAUUAAGAGGAGAACACAGACAGCUGGAGGAAAAAGAAUGCUUUCUUAAUAAUGCAAUGAAGAAAUGCCUAGAGCUAAAAAACAGCCUGUUGGCCCGGCAAAAAGGGGUUCAGUCGUCGCUGGAACACCUCAAAACCCUCAUUAGACUGAUUCAGAACGAGCAGAUGCUUCAGGUGACCAUGACAACGACCACCACCUCCUCCCUGCUGACUGUCCCCUGGACCAAACCCUCCGCUGCCUCGGCCGCCGCUGCUCCCCAACCCUUGCAGCCGGCCCAGGGCAACAACUGACUGGGGCUGCCCCCCGCCGGCGGGUCUCCCCCCUUCUUCAGGAGAGAACCAGUCCAACCGACCAGGACGCUUUCGUGCAUGCAGGCGGAGAGGCGCAUCCGGGGGGAAAAAGCAAAAUAGACUGGCAACGCAGGAAACGGCGGCGUCAGUCUUCUUCCAUCUCCCAAAGGGCGUGGGGGGAAAUAGGAGAUCCCGACCCUCGAGGCCCCCUCGGCAGCUCAGCGUCGUUUCCCCCCUUCUUCGUUGCUGGGAAUCUCAGCGCUUGCAAUCCUCCCUUCCCUUUGUUCGGUUGCGUUGGCCUUAAUGCAAUUAAGAAAGACGACGAGGCCGGUGGCGGAAAGGUGCGAGGAAGGAGGAAUGGCCGGGAAGGCAGUGCGCUAGUGCAGAUAGGUGGUGGGCGGGAGCCGGAGCGGCCAAGGGUGGCUCUCUCUUUAAAAAGGAUAAGGAAUAGUUUGGGACCUAGCAUGGAUUCCUGAUUUUUUGGAAAAAGGAUCAAGUGUCGUUUUCAUUCAGGGCUAUAGAGAAGAGUUGCAUUUGUGGACACUUUCAGAGCCUUCAAAAUCAAAUCUUUUCUUUUCUUUCUUUCUUUC